GAGAAGAGUGACGUUUAUAGUUUGAGAUAUUUAAUAUGGAAAUAAUUACCGGAAGAAGUCCCGUUGAUUAUAGUAAACCCCAAGGAGAGGUUAAUUUAAUUGAGUGGUUGAAAACUAUGGUUGGCAAUAGAAAAUCAGAGGAACUCAUUGAUCCGAACCUUCCUGAAAAGCCGUCUUCAAAGGCUCUUAAGCUUGCUCUGUUGGUUGCUCUUAAAUGUGUUGAUCCUGAUGCCACAAAGAGACCUAAAAUCGGACAUAUAAUCCACAUGCUUGAGGCCGACGAGAUCCUAUUCCGUGACGAGCAGAGGACCGGAGGAGAAUCGUCGCGAUCCUAUCGCAAUUAUCAUCAUCAUGAGCAAAAGAACUCUAGCAGAGAGAGAAAGCGACUAGGUGGAGAGAUCACUGAUCAAAGUGAAGAUGAUAAUAGUAGUAAAAUCUUGCCCAUCCCACUAGAUUGAGAUGAUAGUUGUUAAAUGGUAAAUGUAGCUAUGUAUUUAUUAUUUUUGGUUUUAGUAGUUUGCCUAUAUUAAUUUCUACCUCAAUCUGGACAACAUGCAAUGAGUGUAUUUUUUGCUGCAUAAUUUCCUCUCCCACCACAAUUUAGGAUUCAUUGUAUACUCAUAUUCAUUAUUACUAAAAAUCAAAAUUUUGAUGUCCUUCUGCUUUAUACGACAAAA